AUGAGGAUCGAGUUCGCCCCGCUGAACGUCCCGCUGCGGAGGAGGCUGCAGACCGCGGCCGUCCUGCAGUGGGUCUUCUCCUUCCUGGCUCUGGCUCAGUGCUGUCUCGCGGCCUUCGUCCUCCUGUCCCUCUCUGAUUGGUGGCUUCUGGCUCUGCUCUACGCUGGUUGGCUGUGGCUGGACUGGGACACGCCCACCAGCGGGGGUCGGAGGUCGCAGUGGGUCCGGAGCUGGACGGUGUGGGAGUACUUCAGGGAUUACUUCCCUCUGACGCUCGUGAAAACCGUUGAUCUGGAUCCCAAGAAGAACUACAUCUUUGGAUUCCACCCUCAUGGGGUCCUGGUUGCCGGGGCGUUUGGGAACUUCUGUACGGAGUGCAGCGGGUUCUCGCGGCUGUUCCCGGGACUCCGCCCCCACCUGCUGAUGCUGCCGUUCUGGUUCCGGGUUCCGUUCUUCAGGGACUACAUCAUGUGUGGCGGCCUGGUGUCCAGCUCCAAGUCCAGCCUGUCCCACCUGGUCAGCCGUCCAGAGGGGGGGAACGUGGCGGUGGUGGCGGUGGGCGGAGCCUCGGAGGCGCUGGACGCCCGGCCGGGAGCGCUGACCCUGCAGGUGCUGAACAGGAAGGGCUUCAUCAAACUGGCCCUCAAACACGGGGCCCAGCUGGUUCCGGUCUUCUCCUUCGGGGAGAACGAGCUGUUCGACCAGAUGGAGAACCCGGCCGGUUCUCCUCUGAGGAGGCUGCAGAACCGGCUGCAAAGCAUCAUGGGAAUCGCCAUGCCGCUGUUCCACGCCCGCGGAGUCUUCCAGUACAGCUUCGGCCUGAUUCCCUACAGGCAGCCUGUCUGCACCGUGGUGGGAAGGCCGAUCCCCGUGUCCCAGACUCCGUCCCCCAGCAGAGAGGACAUCGAGCGUCUCCACAGUCUUUACCUGCAGAGUCUGACUGAACUCUUCGAGGAGCACAAACACGAGUACGGCGUCCAGGAGCACGAGCACCUGCACUUCAUCUGAGGCUGGACCAGGACCUGCACCGGGACCGGGUCCUGGACCGGGUCCUCGACCGGGACUGGGACCUGGACUGGGACCUGGACCGGGAUCUGGACUGGGAUCUGGACCGGGAUCGGGACCGGGUCCUAGACCGGACAACAAGACAUUGUAGCUGUGCUUCACCUGGAAACAUGACACCUGGACGUCUUAACUGGACUUCUGGACACCUCCUCCACCUGGACGUCUCGCCUGGACGUCCCACCUGGACGUCUCGCCUGGACGUCUCGCAGUCUGUCCACAUGAAGUCCAGGUGCUACCAGGCCCCCCCCCGGUCUAGCUAAGACUGCUGGUUCCUUGUUUUUUUGGGGGGUGGGACUUCCUGUACCUUGCAGGUGAGCACUGUGACAUCACCAGGGAUGCUGCUGUCUGAUUGGCCGACGUGAGCCGCAGGCCGCUGGUUUCCAGGUGGUGUUGAGCCCAGCAGGGGGCGCUGCGGCAGACUGAGACGCUGACGAGACGAGAAAAAAAACAUGUUACAAUAAAAUACCAAAAUACCUCGCAAAUGAGAGAGUGACGCUUCUUCAUCACACACACACACACACACACACACACACACACACACACACACACACAGAACACUGCACACUCCACAUGUAAGUCUUGAGUUUCUCUUCACCCAUUCACAGCAGUGACCUCCUGCUGCCACCAGGGGGCAGUG